AUGAGUGCGCCAUCAUCCAACGACCUGCCUCAGAAGUCCCCGCGUCCUAGCACUGAGCUGAAGCCCAUGCCUGACCAAAAGGAGAAGACCAGGGAGGAGGAACUCGCCAGGGAACGCGAGGCUACGCGGGCGAUCCAGAUAGCGCUUGCCAUUGAGCUCAGCAGAGGGGGUGCUUCUAGGCCCGUGAGAAUAGACAUGUUCUCAGACCAGAGACGGGCUAAGCGUAAGAUUUCGUCAAAAUUCUUAUCGAUGACAUAUGUGAUACUGACUUGCCCCAACAAGUAUCGCAACCCGAUACUACGAGCCGUCAUUAUAGGUGUCGAAACCACGAAUAGCUUCUACCUUCUAUGA